UCCGUGCUAGUCGGCUAGCCCGGCUAAGGAAAUUAGCUGCCGAGCGGCGGCGGCGUCUGGUUGCUGUCGUCACCCUCAUUUAGAACCUCUCGACCGGCUUUUCUAACUCCACCACGCCGAAGGGCCCUACUGGAGCCUCGCUUGGAUAUGUGAAUAAUAAUCAAAUAAAUCAAAAGCCCCUUUCCCCAUCUCCGUUGAAUUGCCCGCGUCUCCUCUGGCGCUUUUUUAUGAGACGCCGCUCUUUCUUUUUUGACAAAGAAACCUGAGGCAAGUUUUGCUCUCUCCUGGCACGAAAAAGCCGAAAAAGCUUUCCUGGUUCCGGCGGAUGGCUCCACACAGGCACGGCCCCUCGGCUGGAGGCCACCCGAUGACUUCUGGCGGCGGGGCGAGGGCGAACGGGCUCUACCCGCCGUGCUCGUCUUCGUCCUCCGACGCCAAGAAGCCCAACAUGCAGCUCGUCCAAGCCGACCACGAGUUGUUCCUGCAGGCCUUCGAGAAACCAACCCAAAUCUACAGGUUCCUCCGCACCAGGAACUUGAUCGCUCCCAACUUCCUGCACAGGACUCUCACUUACAUGUCACACAGAAACUCCAGAAAGAAUGCCAAGAGGAAAAGCUCCAAGGUGGACAACCUGCUCUUCAGAGUGGAAAAGAUGCAAGGAGACCAGGAGACACGCGGCUUAGCGUCCAACCUGCAGCUCACCUUCACUGGCUUCUUCCACAAAUCCGGGCAACAGUCUCAGGAUUGCGAGAACGAGCAGACCUCUGUGUCUCUGGAAGUCCUUCUGGUCAAAGUCUGUCACAAGAAGAGGAAGGAUGUGAGCUGUCCGGUCAAGCAGGUCCCGGCUGGGAAGAAGCAGGUUCCUCUCAACCCGGACUUGACUUCUGCCAGCGCGCCGGGACAUUCCGGAAACUUUCCGUCCCUGCUGGUCCCGAGCGGCGAGUUUGAAGCCAGCAACUCGCACAUGAUCAAGUCCUACUCGCUGCUUUUCAAAGUGUCGCAGCCCGGCUAUGAUCGCGGGCCGCUCCUCAACGGACUCACAAACGGGGAGGCGCGGCGCCACUCAGAUUUAUCAGAGGAAGCAAUGGACAAGACGAGGCGGAGCUCCCCCCUCAGAAAUGACGCCGAGAGCAUGCUGGUGGCGCAGAUGAUGGUCUUUGAUAAAAACAGACGCCUGCAGCUGCUGGACGGCGACUAUGAAGUUUCAAUGCAAGAAUUCACACAGCAGUGUCCUCUUAACAACAUGACAGCAACAUGGGAGACCAUACUAGACACAAAGCACAUGCCUCCACUGGAAGCGUUCUGUGACGGCCCGACUCUUCACUUCACUCUGCGUUGGACUAACGAGAUCCGCGACGGUUCCACGGCUCCCGUGGCCAAACCUCUGGCCACGCGCAACUCGGAUGCCAACCAGGAGAGCAAAGCGGCACACGCGCUGAGGAACGCGCCGCACGCCACACACGCCGUGAAAGAAACGGUCACCUCGGACAAAGUCCACACCAGGACCAGAGAACAUGUCCCAGCAGAAGCUCGCCCCAAAUUACGCAUCUUCUACCAGUUCCAGUACAACAACAACAGUCGGCAGCAGACGGAGGCCAGAGAUGACCUCCACUGUCCCUGGUGCACCCUCAACUGCAGGAAGCUCUACAGUUUGCUCAAACACCUCAAACUGUCCCACUCGCGCUUUGUCUUCAACUACGUGCCUCACCCCAAGGGAGCCAAGAUCGAGGUGUCCAUCAACGAGAGCUACGACGGUUCCUACGCGGGGAACCCACAGGACGUCCACGGCCAGCCGGGUUUCGCCUUCAGCCGCAACGGACCCGUCAAAAGGGCGGCCGUCACGCACGUCCUGGUCUGCAGGCCCAAGCGCAGCAAGCCGAGUCUGUCAGAGUUCUUGGAGUGCGAGGAUGGCGAGCGCCGGCGUCUGGGCUCCCACGUGAGCGGCCACAACAGACUCUACUUUAGGAGCGAUAGCUGCGUGCCCAGAGCGCCACAGGAGAUGGACGUGGACAGCGAGGAUGAGCGGGAUCCCGACUGGCUCAAGGAGAAGACGGUCAAGCAAAUCGAAGACUUCACGGAUGUGAACGAGGGCGAGAAGGAGAUCAUGAAGCUGUGGAACCUCCACGUCAUGAAACACGGCUUCAUCGCCGACCACCAGAUGAACGAGGCGUGCCUCCUCUUCACCGAGCUGCACUGCGCUCACCUCGUCCAGCAAAACCUGCGUCGCAAUUUCCUGCUGCACCUGGUCAGCAUGCAUGACUUCAACCUGGUCACCACCAGAACCAUCGACCAGGCCAUGGACCGACUCCAGACCACCGCCUGUGGGGACAAACAUAAGGAGCAAGACGAGGCAGACGAGGAAGAUGAAUGGGAGACGGCCCUGGAGUCUCAGAUGGAGACAGACCAGGAGCCAUCAGAGUGUGAAGACGCGAACAGGUGGCAGGAUAGUCAGACCGCAGUUUGAAACUGACCAAUGACGGAACCUCAAUAGAACUUUGUGUUUGGAGCCGCCUUGGUGAGUUUGGCCAUCAAGACUUUGGAAUUCUGGAUGACAGACACACCGGAACGGCGUGUCUAGGAUCCUAGGAUUUGAGGACUGUCUCGACUUAGUAGAAAUCCGAAGCUGAAUUUUUAAUUAUGGAUUAGAGACACCAAAACAGCCUUGUUUUCCAGUUUAUCUGAAAUAUUGAGGACUUUGUCCAUGUUAGCAGAAACCCCAAAAUGAACGUUCGGGUUUUAAAUCUUAAUUAAUUUUUGGGGACUUUUAGUUGGUGACUGAAAAAUUGGGAAUCACACAGAAAAUAUCAUGUUUUUCCUUUUUUGCUACCCCAAAACAUGGAACCUUCCCAUGUUCCUGAUGUUGGGUGUAAAUGUAAACUGACCAACAAGUGUGGGGUUACCAGAAACCUCAAACUAGAUUUUUUGUGUUUUAAGACAACUUUUAGCACUCAAAGAUAGAGUCUGAAUCUAGAAAAGAUUAGGCCAUCAUUAUUUCAUGUUUGAUUGACAACUAAUGAUCAAGAGUUUGCUUUGUUACCUCUGAGCCGAUGUUGCCUUUUGCCAAACAUAAACAAUCUUUAGUGGUUUGAAUGAUCAGCAGAAAAAUGAAAUUCCAAAAUCAAAAGUGAAUCCAGCACAGAGCGGACGUGCCUUAAUGUUGCAUUCUUCCAGAACCCAGCAGGGGGAAAUACCCUAUAUGUACUAUUAAAUAGAACACGGGUUACAAUUUGCUUCUUUUUUUUUUUUUUUCCCCCACGGAGCAAAAAAAACGUGGUUGUCCACGUUCUAAUUAAACAACCAAAAACGGGCUCCUUUGACACCAUGCAUGUGUUAGCUUAGCAUGGGAAGCACCCAAGCGGUAACAAAACAAAAUGUGGCAGUGGCCUGCAAUCAACUUUUGGUUUUCUAUAAAGAGAGCACAUUUUUACA